CUGGAUAUGUAUUAGUUUCAUUGAUCUGUAUUGUCCUCAAAUUGAUGAAUCUGAUAAAUUAAAAUUACACGCAUUGAGAAAUAAAGGAUCUCAAGUGACAAGAUUUUAUAAAUUGAUGGCAGAUUCGAG